AUGGCAAAGAGCAGCCAGGCUAUUUUUAGAGCCCCGCCGCCCCGGCCCGGCCCCUGGAGUCGCAGGCAGAGGAGGGAGGGGAGGGAGCCCCCCCGCCCUAGCAGCAGCCGUGACUCACCCGCGGGGCGGCAGGCCCAGCGAGCCCGUUGCGCGCGGUGGCAGCGAGUUCCGCAGGAGUGCGGGGCCGGCACCAGCCAGCCCCCUUCAUGCCCGGGCAACGCGCAGCGCCAGCAGGGAGGGAAAGAGGCCGGCGGGGGGGCGGAGCCUGGAUGCGCUCCCCCCAGGCAACCCUGCAAGGCUGUCGUGAAGGCGCAACGCCCCCCGCCCCGCUGCGGGCGGGGCCAAGGUCACAGCGGAGCCGGAGAAGCGCCCCCUGCCCUGCGCGACGCGAUGGUCUGGCCCGCUCCGCCCCCCGCGACGCGAUGGUCUGGCCCGCGCUGGCCAGUCUGGUCCCCCCCGCUUCGCGAUGGUCUGCCCCGCCGCGGCCUCCCCUCCUCCUCCUCCGACAAUGGCGUCCCAGCAUGCCCUGCGCGGCGGGCGAGACCAUCGCUGCUGCUGCGGGGGAGGGGGGCCCUGGCCUGGCCUGGCCUCACCUGCCGGCGUCACCUCAGGGCCAUCCUCCGCGCCGCUGCCGCCGCCGCUCCUCCACCGACGGCGCUCCCGGAAGCCCCACCCCCGCCGGGCCCACGCAUGCAGGAAGGGAAAGGGAGCGGGCGGGGCCUCCGAGGGGAAAGGCGAGAGGAGCCCCACACAAGCAGCAGCGCCCGCCGCCGCCACCUUCGCCGCUCUGCGCACGCGCCCUCUACUGCGCACGCGCCCCAGGGGCCCGGCGGGAAGCUCCCACGGCGCCUGCGCGGAACCGCAGAAGGGGGGGUCAGUCGCUCCACGUCCGCAUCCGGGAACCCCUCCUCCCCCCCCCCGCCCGAAGCAUCCCAGUGGCCACCCUGGCGGGGGACGCGAGCAAGAAGGCCCUGCCGCUUCUGGGGCAGCCCCGACUGGGAGGCACUGCCCUUUGCAGCACACGUGCCGGUGGGUGCAGCGCCGCCAAGCUGCGGCUCUUCCCGCACGUUGCGUGCCUCUCAGGGGACGGGACAGCCCUUCCCGUAG